CGACUGCCUCCCGCCAAAUCGCGUUGUAGCUCUUCGGGUCAGCGUGCACGAAAAUUUCGCGGCGAUUUUUGCAAAUUCGAAAAUUUUCAGUAAAGUGCUGUGGAAAAAGAUGACGACUCUUCCCUUUUCCUUCCAAAUUCAAGAGAAAUUCGAGAAAUUAUCUUUUCGUUACGGGACCCAAAUAUCAGAGGACAGUGCCAUUUCGUCAUGUUCAACACCUUCAACUCCAACCAGUCCUAUUGACUUCGAAAUUAAAGUAGCCACUCUUGAUGACAAGGAGGCAGUUCUGGCAUUCCUGCAGAAGUUCUUCUACAAAGACGAGCCGCUGAAUUCUUUCAUGGAAAUCAUCACUGACGAGCAUCCAAGAUGCUAUGACCUUGAACGAUUUACUUUGAAAAAUUUGGAUAACGGCGUAAAUUUAUUGGCGGUACAGAAUAAAAAGAUCAUAGGAGUUUGCUUAAAUGAUGUAAUUGAGAGAGGAGUCAUGGAAGAAGACUUUAUUUGUGACGAUGAUAAAUUUGGCAAAAUUGUCAAAUUACUGGAGCAUGUAGCUGUAGAAUCUGAUCCAUUCCAGAUUUAUCCCGGAAUCGACAAGGCUAUGGUGGUUAAAAUAUUAUCUGUCGACGGUUCUUAUAGAGGAAAAGGAAUAGCUAAAGAUCUUAUGGCAAAAACCAGAGAACUGGCAAGACUAAAAGGAUGCGGCUUCAUAACUGUAGACUGUACCAGCCACUACACUGCGUGUGCUGCAAAAAAGCUGGGAUUUGAUCUGCAUUAUACUCUCAACUACGCCGACUACAAAGUGGACGACAAAGUGGUUUUUAAACCAGAACCACCCCACAAAGCCUUGACAGUGUACACCCAGAAGAUUUUUUAAAUAUUCGCUACAAAAAAAUAUAUUGGCCUACAAUAUUUAGUUACCAAGUUACUAGUGAGAUUCUAUAAUAUGUGUGAAUUCAACAGAUAAACUUAAACCUUGCGGAUGAUUAAAUUUAUACAUGACAAUAUAUUUGUAUUAGUUUGACAUCUAUUAAAGAAAAUCAAGCUGUAUUUUUUUCGUGAGGAUGCUGGAUUGUAUUAUAAACUCACAAAAAGAAUAUUGCGUAGUUCAUUUUCGGAAAUUUACUAUUUUUUAAUAUUUGUGACUUAUGUUGCUUAAUAUUGUUCCGCACUGGAGUGUUUAAUUAUUUAUACUUAAAUAACUUUUAACAGAGAUUUCACGAAUUUAUUAAAAUCUCUUGUUUUUUUUUUGCUAAGACAGAUAAUAAUUGUUGUAAUACAACAUUCAUUAUUUUAAAUCAUAUAAUAAUGAAUAAUAAUAUUACUUUAUUACUGAGCCUUUCCCUUACAGCUCUAAUGAAAGCCUACAACCUCCCAGAUAUACUGCGCAAAAGAUCUAAUUCUUCUUCUUUAUGUACCAUGUCCUUUCAGAACGUUGGUUACCAUCAUAGCUACCUUAAUUUUAUUCACUGCCACCCUAAAUAGCAUGCUUGUAUCAACACCAUACCAAUCUCGCAAAUUCUUCAACCAUAAGGUUCUUCUUCAUCCUGGACUGCGUUUGCCUGCUAUUUUUCCUUGCAUGAUAUUUUGUAGCAACCUAUAUUUGGGACCUCACAUUACAUGUCCGAAAUACUCCAGCUUUCUCUGCUUGAUGCUGAUGAUCUCAGUAGUCUUGCUGAGACAUUCUAGUAUUGUGGAGUUUCGAAUCUUCUCUACCCAGGAAACUUUUAAAAUUCUUUUAGAUCUAGAAAAAGAUCUAAUUGCUCAAUUGAAUUCGAAUCUAUAUUCUUUUGUACGUAUAUUACUUUUCAGCUUUUCCGUACUAUUAGCAGUGUGUCAGUACUAUUAUCUGGCACUAGUCACUAAACACCUUCAAGUUACUGAAUCACUAUUCUUACUGCAAAUUAUUGGACAUUACUACAUAUUAGCACAAAAUAUUCAAGGAUGCUACAUAUAUACCUGUCGAACCUGUUAAUAUUCAUUUAUAAAUUUAUCUUAAUGAGCUCUGUACCUCUCUUGAGCAAUGCUUUGUUAAUAACAUUAAAGAAGCUUUAAAGCUAAAAUUAUGUACACAAUUGGGUGCUGCAAACUUUCCUGACCUUUUGUAUACAGGUCGAUCAGUCUUUCAUAAUCGACUUAAAAUGUGCCUCGGCGUCUUGCGAUUCCCAAUCUUGUCCUUUCUUUUAAACGCCAUACUUCACAGCCUUGCUCUUUAUUAUAGUAUUGUAAAUUUGCUUUUUAUUCUCGUUUUUUAUUGUUAUAACCCAUAAGACUCCAUUUACCAUUGAUAUUGCUUUCUUUCCGGUUAUAUUUCUGUCCAAUAUUGCUUCUUCGAGAGUCUGUCACCUUUUGAUAUUUUCAUCCUCAGAUAUUUGUACACAGAUCCGUGUUUCACUGCUAGAUAUAAAUCUUGUGUUCCUCCAAUGCGCCUAUACUCUGUUUUAACUACGUUGAGUUCUAUGCCCCAAAUUUUAUAUGCUUCUACCAUCUUGCGUAUAUUCUAAAUCGUGUAUAUUAUGUGCUACAAUAAUUUGAUGGUCUACAAAUGACAAUGGUUGUAGCGUCAUCCAAAGUUAUGCCCAUAUUUUGGCAUUUCUUUUUCCAAGUAGCUAGUGCUUUCUCCAAGUAUAUUUUG